AGGAGCGACCGAAACGGUGGAGGGCGGCGGCGGGGGAGGAGGAGCCGGCGGCUUCCCCCAAGCAUGGGAGACGGGGUGCCGCCCGAGGCAGCUCGUGUGACCAACCGGUCGCCUGCGGUGGCUGCCAGCGCCGAAGCAGAAGCGAUCGAAGUCCUGGAAACCGAGGAUGGGCUCCCUAUGGCUUCGGAGGACAACCAUAGCGUUGGAAGGAACCAAAGUUCAUCUACUCCAACCUGCUAUCCAAAGGCAAAGCUGUCCAGCCACCAGCUCCCCACAGAUCAGCCUCUGCUGUCCAGAACACAGGGUGGCACAGUCAGAGUGCAGAAGCAUGCCAGAAAGCACUGGAAAGUUCUGUUCGAUCAGUUUGACCCUGAAAACACUGGUUACAUUAGUACUGAGAAAUUUCGAAAUCUUCUCCAAAGACAUGGCUCUGAGCUGGAUCCCCAUAAACUGGAAGUGCUUUUGGCCUUGGCAGACAACAAUUCCGACGGGAAGAUCUGUUACCAAGACUUUGUCAACCUGAUGAGUAACAAAAGGUCCAACAGCUUUCGCCAAGCCAUUCUGCAAGGGAACAGGAGGCUGUGCAGCAAGGCUCUGCUGGAGGAGACGGGACUUAGCCUUUCCCAGAGGUUGAUCCGGCAUGUGGCAUACGAGACGCUGCCACGUGAGAUAGAUCGGAAGUGGUACUACGACAGUUACACCUGCUGUCCUCCACCUUGGUUCAUGAUUGCCAUCACCCUUGUAGAGGUUGCCUUCUUUAUUUACAAUGGAGUGGUACUAGAUAGGUUUGUGCUGCAAGUCACCCAUCCCUUAUAUUUGAAGAACCCUUUGUUAUAUCAUCCUCAGCUCCGUGCCCAGGCCUGGAGGUACCUCACAUACAUAUUCAUGCAUGCAGGGAUAGAGCACCUAGGACUCAAUGUGGUUCUUCAGCUUCUGGUAGGAGUUCCCCUUGAAAUGGUGCAUGGUGCAGCAAGGAUUGGGUUUGUCUACAUUGCUGGAGUUGUCGCAGGUUCUUUGGCCGUAUCGGUUGCUGAUAUGACUGCGCCUGUCGUGGGCUCAUCUGGAGGAGUCUAUGCUCUCAUAUCUGCCCACCUAGCCAACAUAGUAAUGAACUGGUCUGGAAUGAAGUGCCAAUUCAAGCUGUUGCGCAUGGCCGUUGCCUUGAUUUGUAUGAGCUUUGAAUUUGGAAGAGCUGUGUGGCUGAGGUUUUAUCCAUCUGCUUACCCUCCUUGCCCGCAUCCAAGCUUUGUCGCCCACCUGGGUGGCGUGGCUGUUGGAAUCACCCUUGGUGUGGUCAUCCUUAGGAACUAUGAGCAGAGACUCCAAGACCAGUCCUUGUGGUGGAUCUUUAUUUCCAUGUACGUGGUGUUUGUUCUCUUUGCCAUCUUCUGGAACAUUUUUGCCUAUAGUUUGUUGGACCUGAAACUACCUCCACCUCCAUGAGGGCCUGGACUGAGGAACCAUCAGGGACAAACGAAUGACUUAUCAUCUGCCAGCUCCACUGAGGGAAAGAUAUGAAACCUGAGAAUUUAUUUUUGUAUCCGUCUUACAGGAUGUAAGCGAACCCAUAUUCUGGAACAACAGCACAUGUUGAAUAGAAACUAUACUAACUAGUUGAGAAGUGUGAACUUUUUAAGUUAAAGAAUGAUCCAUCAAAACAACAAUGGAAGAAGCUUGGGCAUGCAGAUUUCCAGGUAUCACAGUAUUCCAUAGGAGCCAGGCCUCAUAUCCUUUGCUCAUGCCAGUAGUUUAGUGCUGCUCUCAUGAGAAAGUGUGGAUGAUUCAGUUCUCUGUCUGUCUAACUGAGCUAACUUGUAACCACACCUACUGGCGAAUGCUGAUGCAUAAUUUUGUUUGGAUUGCCUGUCUUUUCCCAGGUCUGUCUUCUGCUUCAAGUACAAGAUUUACAGGCAUCCACCAUUUAACCGAUGGAUACGUUAAAAAGGUGCUCAGUAAAGGCUGCUUGGCUUGCUUUUAACUGGCAGAGCAGGCCGUUCUCACCAUACGAUUGCUACUGCCCUAGUGAACUUGGCAGUUCCUCACAUCUGUAAUUGUUAAAAGGUAUGCUCCCUUACAGAAUCUUCUAGAAAGGGUUCACUCUAUGUUGGCCCAUUCAUGGUCUGCGAUACAUGCUGCUUUUUCAACUAAAGGACAAACCAAAUUGCACUGAAAAAAAACCCCUGAAGGUGCUUUAACCUUGGUUGCUAAAUACAACUGCAUAAUUUAAUUUGUCUUUCAGUUUUUGACUGGUUUUUUUGUUCUUAGAGCAGACUGCUUGAAUGUUUUGUCUUUUUGCUGACAAUUAUGUUCUUUACUUCUGGCCUUUAUAAUUAUUUUCUUCCUCCUGCAUAUUUAAAGCAACAGCAGCUGCAUGACUAGAAAUCAGGCCU